AGUAUAGUCUUCUAUUAACUAUACAGUGUACAUUUACUCUUCUUUUGUGUAAAUGUAUUGCCAAAUACCGAUAUUUUUAUGUCUAUAAUCCAAAUUAUAUAUGUUCAAGUCCUCCUCUAACUUGGAGUGUCUAUAGUUCCCACGUGGUUCGGAGUAGCUGCAUGUGGCGUGAAAGAGCUCGUCAUGUUUGAACAUGAGUUAACAGGAUAAAGUCAGGAUUUAAGCAUUCAAAAUGUUAUUUAGUAAAGAUGUGCCAUGGCGGCGAUUGGAAGGCAUGUCGUUUGGCAUGUACUCCGCCGAAGAGAUAAGAAAGCUGAGUGUGAAGGCGAUCACUAAUCCCAAACUGCUCGAUGGUGUUGGGAAUGUGGCCCCAAACAGCUUGUAUGACUUGGCUCUGGGACCCGCAGACAGCAAAGAGGUGUGUUCAACUUGCUGUCAGGACUUCAACAACUGUCCAGGACACAUGGGACAUGUGGAGCUCCCUCUACCAGUGUACAACCCCCUAUUUUUUGAUAAACUCUACCUGUUGAUUCGGGGUUCAUGCCUAGGGUGCCACACAUUAACCUGUCCACGAGCAGCCAUACAUUUACUGUUAAACCAGCUUAAGUUACUCGACCACGGGGCCAUGCAGGAAGUUUACCACAUUGAGCAAGUUCUUAGCCAGUUCCUGCAAGCGAACAACAAAGCCACGGGCGAUGAGAUCGCAACUUCACUCAAAGAAUUCACAGAUGCAGUACUUGCAGUUGAUGAGAGAAGUAACAGCAAACCGAUUAAACAUCUUGUUGAGAAGAAAAGCAGUUUGAUAAAUGAUUUUUGGAAAAUCCAAAUGAAAACUCGCAAAUGUCCCAACUGCAGAAGCGGGCGAUUCGCCAUACGACGUGAGCACAACAGUAAGCUGAUUGUCACAAUGCCCUCAGGAAUCCAAACCACUGACCUGGCUGGAGAUGACCUGAUGGCUGGAAAGAGAGUCUACCUGACUGCAAGUACUGCCAGAGAACACACCAACAUACUGUGGGAGAAUGAAGGCUUUUUGCUAAAGUGUUUGUUUUCUGGGCUGGAUAACAAUUCAAAAUCAACUGAAGAAGGUUUCUCUCCUGACCUCCUCUUCUUGGAACUGCUCGUGGUCCCACCUUGCAGGUAUCGUCCAAUCAAUCGACUGGGUGACAAGAUGUUUACCAAUGGUCAGACAGUAAACAUGCAAGCUGUCAUGAAGGACUCUGCAAUCAUAAGAAAACUGCUCUCUCUCAUGGCUGCUGAGAAUGGUACUCAGAAGGAUGAUGGGACAGAAACACAGGCAGAACAGACAGACCAAACUUUUCUCUCAGGUAUUCCAGGACUGACGUUAACAGAUAAACUCUACUACACCUGGAUUCAACUUCAAACCCACGUCAACAUUGUCUUCGACAGUGACAUGGACAAACUGAUGACGGAAAAGUACCCUGGAAUCAGACAGAUCCUGGAGAAGAAGGACGGCUUGUUCCGGAAACAUAUGAUGGGCAAAAGAGUGGAUUACGCUGCUAGAUCUGUUAUCUGUCCUGACAUGUAUAUAGGAACCAAUGAGAUAGGAAUUCCUAUGGUGUUUGCCACAAAGCUGACAUAUCCACAGCCUGUCACCCCAUGGAAUGUGAAGGAGCUCCGGCAGGCUGUCUUGAACGGGCCAAAUGUUCACCCAGGUGCAACGUUUGUGAUAAGCGAGGAUAGCAGGAGGACCAUCUUGUCCCCGACCAACUUUGCACAAAGAGAAGCAGUUGCUAAGCAGCUCCUGACGCCCUGUCCUGGUCCACACAAGAUGCCAAUGAAAAUUGUAUAUCGACAUAUUAAGAACGGCGACGUGAUGUUAUUAAACAGACAGCCGACCCUGCACAGACCGUCAAUACAGGCUCACCUUGCACGCAUCUUACCUGGAGAGAAGGUCCUCAGACUCCACUACGCCAACUGCAAAGCGUACAAUGCAGACUUUGAUGGCGACGAGAUGAACGCUCAUUUCCCCCAGAGUGAGCUUGGCCGAGCAGAGGCCUAUACUUUAGUCAGCACAAAUCAACAAUACCUUGUACCCAAGGAUGGAAAGCCCCUAGCUGGUUUGAUCCAGGACCACAUAGUGUCAGGUACAAGGAUGACCAUUCGAGGCUGUUUCUUCACCAGAGACCAGUACACUGAGCUGGUGUACAGAGGACUGACUGACAAGGCGGGCCGAGUCCAACUGCUAGCGCCGGCUAUACUCAAGCCACAGAAGCUGUGGACAGGAAAGCAGGUGGUGUCUACCCUUCUCCUGAAUGUUAUCCCAGAAAAGGCUGUUCCUCUAAACCUGGUUGGGAAAUCGAAAAUCCCUAGCAAAGCAUGGAUCCAAGUUCCUCCACGGGCAGUUCCAGGUUACCGACCUGACAGCAUGUGUGACUCGCAGGUGGUGAUCCGCCGAGGUGAGCUGCUAGUGGGAGUUUUGGACAAAGCUCACUAUGGCUCCUCCGCGUAUGGUCUGGUCCAUUGUUGCUAUGAGCUUUAUGGAGGCGAGAUGAGUGGUCAACUACUCAGCUGUCUGGCCAGACUCUUCACUGCUUACCUUCAGUUAUACAGAGGAUUCACUUUGGGUGUGGAGGACAUCCUGGUGAGACCAGGUGCCAACAAAAACAGGAGAAAUAUUAUUCAAGACUCUUUGAAGCUUGGUACAAAAGCCCUCCAGGCUGCAUUCAACCUCCCUGCUAACGUAGAUGAAACAGAAGCUAAGAGCCGCUGGCAGGAUGCUCACCUCAACCCCGACCAGGGAGACUUCAGCAUUGCUGACCACAAAUUCAAAGAAGUGGCCAAUCAAGUCAACAAUGAAAUUAACAAGGUUUGUAUGCCAGCUGGCCUUCACACCUCUUUCCCAGACAACAACCUCCAGCUGAUGGUGCAAUCAGGGGCCAAGGGAUCUACUGUCAACACCAUGCAGAUCUCCUGUCUAUUAGGUCAGAUUGAGUUAGAGGGCCGUAGACCUCCACUGAUGCCUUCUGGAAAGUCUUUGCCCUGUUUCCAGCCCUAUGACCCAGCACCCUGUGCUGGGGGGUUUGUUUCCGGAAGGUUCCUUACAGGCAUUAAACCACAGGAAUUUUUCUUCCACUGCAUGGCUGGCCGAGAAGGACUGGUGGACACUGCUGUAAAAACUUCUAGAUCAGGUUACCUGCAGAGGUGUGUUAUAAAGCACCUGGAGGGUUUGGUGGUACAGUAUGAUCUGACGGUGAGGGACAGCGAUGGCUCUGUGGUUCAAUUCCUGUACGGUGAAGAUGGAUUGGAUAUCUCCAAGACGCAGUUCCUGCAGGAAAGACAGUUUCCCUUCAUAGAGGACAACUUGGAGGUGAUAAGGAGGUCCCAGGGCUUGGAUGCGGUGUUAGCACGCCUGGACGUACAGAGUGCCCAUCAGCAUUUUGCAGCCAUUCAACGCUGGAAAGCAAAGAGAGAUCUGGCUUGUCCCCGUAGAGGAGCAUUCCUGUUGUUUUCCCAAAAGAAGGCGGCCAAACUGAAGCAGCCGGAACAAGGGGCAGAUCAAAACAUGUAUGGCAGAGAUCCAGCUGUUCUGCAGCUGAUAGAUCAGUGGCGUUCUAUUGAUGACGGGGCACGAUCAAAAUACAUCAGGAAAUCCUCCCGCUGCCCCGAGCCCAGUCUGAGCCUCUUUAGUCCUGAUGUCAGCUUUGGAUCAGUUUCUGAAAGCUUUCACAACAUCACAGAAAAAUACUUGCAGAAUCAACACAGGACAGGUGACCAUGGCUUGGAUACACACAGACUCAAACAGCUGUUGGAGUACAAGUGGCAGAGGUCAUUGUGUGAUCCAGGGGAGGCGGUGGGUCUGUUAGCAGCUCAGUCCAUUGGUGAGCCUUCUACCCAAAUGACGCUCAACACCUUCCACUUUGCUGGCAGAGGAGAGAUGAACGUCACACUGGGAAUACCUCGGCUGAGAGAGAUCCUGAUGGUGGCGAGCGCCAAGAUCAAGACUCCCAUGAUGAGCGUUCCAGUGCUGAACAACAAGAAGGCCUUGAAAAAAGCCCAGAAACUCCGCAGGAAACUUACCAGGGUCUGCUUGGCGGAGGUGCUGCAGAAGGUGGAUGUGAUAGAAAUGCUGCGCAUUGAGAGCAGCCUUCACUCAAAGAUGCGAACAUUUAAGAUCACUUUCAGCUUCCUUCCUCCUGACCAUUACUCUGAAGAUAAGCUGCUAUCACCCCGUCAGAUCCUCCACUACAUGGAAACUAGGUUUUUCCGACUUCUUCUUGAAGCCAUUAAGAAACGUAGCGCCAAGUUGGCGUCCAUCACUGUAGAGUCGAGGAAGGCCUCUGCCAGGGACAGAGACGAUGAUGGCGACGGAGCGACUGCUGCAGCUGGGGCGGACGGUGAUGGGGAGGAAGACGAGAUUGUUGAUGACCAGGGCAAUGAAGGAGACGCUGACGCUUCCGAUGCUAAAAGAAAAGACAAACAAGAAGAAGAAGUUGAUUAUGAAAGCGAGGAAGAAGGUGAUGAGGAGGUUGAAGAGAAUGAUGAUCUGGGGGAGGAAGAGGAGGAGGAAGCAGAGGUGCAGGAGAAUCUGGAGAAUGGUGUGGAGGAGUCCCAAACGCAGUCUACAGAUGUGGGAAUGUCUACUAAAAAGAAGCAAACAAGAAGUAAGAGAGAAGAGGAGCGCAUGGAUGACAUGAGAGUCAAAGCUGUGCUGAGUUCCAGCCCGGCAAUAGAGGGCUACCGCUAUGACUCUCUUCAUGAAAUGUGGUGUGAGGUUGAUUUGGCUUUACCACUGAACAAAGUGCACUUUGACCUGACUUCAGUGCUUUCAACGCUGGCCGAGAACGCUGUAAUCAUGGAAACCAAGGGCCUGACCCGCUGUCUGCUGAGUGAAACCAUGACAAAGACUGGAGCAAAAGAGACUUGUCUCAACACGGAGGGCAUCAACAUGCAUGAAAUGUUUAAGCAUAGUGAUGUCUUUGACAUCAACAGGCUGUACUCCAAUGAGGUCCACGCCAUGGCGAACACCUACGGGAUAGAAGUGGCUCUCAAAGUUAUUGAGAAGGAAAUCAAAGAUGUUUUUGCUGUCUAUGGUAUUGAGGUGGACCCAAGACAUCUGUCGCUGGUAGCAGACUACAUGUGUUUUGAGGGGGUGUACAAGCCAUUGAACCGCCACGCCAUCAGGUCCAACUCCUCCCCCUUGCAGCAGAUGACUUUUGAGACUAGCUACAAGUUUCUCAAACAGGCCACCAUGAUGGGUUUUCAUGAACAGCUCACGUCGCCAUCAGCCUGCCUCGUGGUUGGAAAAGUCGUCAAAGGGGGAACUGGACUUUUUGAGCUCAAGCAACCUCUGCAGUAGACGUGACGCCGUAGUGUGCAAUUAUUGUGUAUUUAUGCUCUCAGAGUUUGCAAAGCAUGUGCCUCCAAACAUUGCCAUUUUUAUUUUUGCUAGAAAACUGGAAAAACAUUUCUUUCAAAUUGUAAAGCAAUAUUUCCAACCAUUUUCACUUCCCUUCACAAGAAUAUAUUACCUGCUUUUUUAAGGUGAAUGAGAUUGUGGCAUCAUGUUUUAUUUGUCCAUAAAUAAAAUAAAUUAUGAACAAUCAGUACAAUGUAAGAGAAAACAUACUGAAGUCAUUUUUAUAAAAAUAUUAACUAUUUUCAUUUCACAUGAUAAAAAACGUACUUAUUGUACUUUUGUUUUAUAUUAUUGGGUGAAGAAGAAAAAAUUAUGAACUACAGCAGAGGUAUUUAAACAUUAGAUUGAGUAGCUCACCAGGGGGUCAAAGAUUAUUUGCUUGAACUCUUAAGUAUUUUUACAACUCUUUAAUUCAGACAUUACACAUUUUGAUACAAUACUACAAAAUAGCAGAAAGACAAUGACCACACUUUGAGUAGGGACCGGCUUCUUCAGUACAGUACAAUUUUAAAUGUUGCCAGUCAUACAAAUUAAAC